AUGCACCCCCCUCUCGGGCUUCUCCUCCUGCUAUCAUUCCACCUCACACCCAUCCUCGCAACACUAAUAUUCCCCACCCCCGACAGCCCACCAUGCGUGCAGGCCUGCGAAGACAAGACCGACAUGUCCAACGUCCCACUAUGCGCAAUAAAUCCUCCACAAACUAGCGAAAACGACUUCACAAACACCAUCAGCUGCCUCUGCACCGACCGGCACCUCCUCGCCUCCAUAAUCCCAUGCGUGCUCCGGUCCUGCGCCGGGAACAGCUCUUCCGUCGAAACCUACUUCACAACCCUCUACACGCUCUGCCACACCCACGGGCACACGCACUACCCGCCGCCCCCGCACCUCCUCCGCGCACUCGGCAUCACCGCGCCCCCCAACGCCACCAUCCCCGCCACUGUCAGCGGCGUCCCAAUGAACUCGGCCUUCCCGGAGGUGGCGGCGGCAACAACGCAUCUGCGCCCGCUGCCGACACAGAAUAUACUUAAUGCGCUGGUGGCGGAGGCGGAGAAUGGAACGGGGAGUAGCAGUGGGACGGGGAGGGUGGAGGUGGUGGGGCAUGCGGUGGUGGCGGGGGUGGGUAUCGUGGGUGUGGCGCUGGUGGGCGUGGUGGUGUUGGUCGUGUUGGUGGUGUUUUAG